AUGUCAAGUUUAGAUCGAGAACGCAUGCGUAAUGCGUAUUAAAAAUCUUCUACACGUCAAAAUAAUAGACGAAUCAGAAUCAUAUGAUAUUUUUUUAUCAGUUUGACAUGUAUGAAACUUAAGUUUACGGUUUUUUCUUAUCGUUUCAAAAUCUCUAACCUCUAUUACGUUAUACGUAAUUUCUGUAACGUUAAAAGUUCGAUACCUAGUAUUUAAAUAAAAUUUGCUAUUCUUUUAAAGUCGAAAAUUGAUUGUGUAUUUAUACAUUUAUUAUCAAUAAGAUGAACACUUCUCAAGUACUCAUACAAAACAUUAUUAUCAGUAAUAAUAUGAUUCUUAAAAUAUGCAUGGAAUUAAAAGAAUAGUAGUUUUCUGUACUUUAACAACAGUUUUACCAAUUCUGCUUCUUAUCACACCUCUAUAUUUACGUCAUAAUUUUUAUGCUAAUGUAGCAUAUGCUGUAACAGAUUCUGAUAUCUUAGAAAUUACUGAUGGAAUUUCUACAGUAUUUUGUUCGGGACAUAUUCUACAAAUGAAUAGAACAUUUAAUGCCUUCCAAAUGGCACAUAAGCCAGAGGUAACUUCAUAUAAAAAGCAUAUACGCCUUAAAAAGAAUAUGACUUUACCAGAUGAUACAUUAGAAUACUGGGGAUUUUAUCUCUUAGAAGGAUCAACCGUAGCCCUUUCUGUCUGUUCAAGAUUUCAAGGUGCAUCUAUACUGGUGGUUAAAGGGGAACGUAAUUUACGAACAUGUGGAAUGUUAGAACACAAGAAUAAUGAACAAAUUGCAAAAAAUAUAUUCUUGCCAGAAGCAAAGCAGCAAGUUAAAGUAACAUUUAAAUCAGAUACAGUAGAAUCUGUUUCUAAUAAUAAUAUUACAGAUGUUGCUUACAACAAUACAUCAAAUAUGACUUCAAAAAUGGAAGAAAAUAAUACAGGUACAGGUGUUUCAAAUCAUUAUCCACACAUAAAAAGGAAUGUUACAUCUCACGAACAAAAUGAUGAUGACGAAUUAAAGGAACUACUGUGGAAUACAAAAAUGUAUAUACAACAACAUAUGAAAUCUUCAAAAGAACCAAUGGUACGUAAUACUAGAAAAUUAAGACAUGCUAAGAAAAGGCAGUAUAAAAUGCAAAUAAAGAAAGAAGGAAAGAAUAUAUUACAUGACAAAAAAAGAUCAGGAAGUAAUACUGAAAAUAUAUCUAAUGUUGAAGAAGACAAAAUAUUGAAUAAAAGAAUUAAAAGGACUCAAGAUCUUGUUAAGCCACUUUUACUUGAUCAAGGUGUCAAACAUGGUGGAAAUGCUGUUAAAAAUAUAACAAACGAUAAUGAUGAAUCUUCUGUAUCCAGUUUUGAAAAUGAAUUAUUCAAAUGCUAUGGAGGUUCAAUAUUAAUUGCUCAAGAAUUUGCACCUUCUGAACAAUGUACUAAUGUCAGCUAUUUACUUAAUGGUAAACAUAUGCAAGCAAUUCAUAAUAUUAUAGAAAAUGGUUAUUAUUACUAUAUCUUUUACAGUGACAAUGAUAUUGUAUCAAAUGAUAUAUAUGCAUUGUUUGAUAUUUAUAAACCCGUUUUUCAUUAUGAAAAUGCAACAAAGUCUUGUAUAAAUCAAACAAAAUGUUCCUUUGCAAUAAACUUGUUGUCUUCUGAUAGAGUGAUUGUUGAAAUACCAACUAAAGAUAACACUGAAUAUGAAAUAGAUGAUAUUAGUUUACUUUUAUCGGUUUGUCAUCCUCGUAUGGAAGUGUAUAUAAUCUUUCCCAUUGCAGUAUUAUUCUUUAUUCUUGCUUGUGCCUUUAUGUAAUUCAUUAUUAUAUUAUUAGCAUAAAGUUCACACUUGUU